ACACUGUGCUGUAUUGGAGAAGGAAGGAGCACAGGCUCCAGCUGAUAAAAAAUGUUUGAUGAAAAGGGACGAUUCGAAGGGUUAAACCGCAGAAUUUCUCGGCUAUUUGAAUCCCCCCGACUGUCAGCAGGCUCAUCCAGCAGCAAUGAAAAAUUCUCCAGUUCUGCCUCCAUCUCUACUGACUUUUAUGAUUCGGACCGACCUGUAAGCAUCGCCUCUACAGCAUCUUCUGGCUCCCUUCGUGAGGGCCGUGAUCUCUAUGAAAAUAUCGGACCAACAGAAGAGGAGCGGUUGGGUAACAGUCCAACUGGUGUGAAAAUGGCGCUGGUGUCGUCUACUGGGGAGAACCUGCACUCCACUUUUCGGGACAAGCAAAGUGGGUUAAAAAAUUCCCACACUACAAACGGCAACAAUAAUGUUAACAGACGAAGCCGUAUUGGUUCUAGGUCUCUUUCUCCAUUUGGGACAAAAGUUAGUGGUAUCUCUAACAAACUCAGUUAUGUGGAACGUGUGGUGCUGGAAAUUAUCGAGACUGAGAGGAUGUACGUCCAGGAUCUACGUAGUAUUGCAGAGGAUUAUCUGGGAGGCAUCAUAGACAAACAAGAGCUGCCAAUGAAACCAGAGCAAGUCUGUGCUCUCUUUGGAAAUAUUGAGGAUAUUUAUGAAUUGAACAGUGAACUUCUCCAGGACCUGGACAGUUGCAGAGAUGACCCCGUGGCUGUGGCCAGCUGCUUUGUGCAAAAGAGCCAAGACUUUGAUAUUUACACCCAGUACUGCAAUAACUAUCCAAACUCUGUGGCUACCCUGACUGAAUGCAUGAGGAACAAAGUCUUGUCUAAAUUCUUCAGAGAGAAGCAGGAAAUACUGAAACAGCCGCUUCCAUUAGGAGCCUACCUUUUAAAACCAGUACAGAGGAUACUGAAGUACCAUCUCCUGCUACAGGAAAUCGCCAAGCAUUUCGAUGUGAAUAAAGAAGGGUAUGAGGUGGUGGAGGAGGCCAUUGAGACCAUGACUGGCGUGGCCUGGUACAUUAAUGAUAUGAAGAGGAAGCAUGAGCACGCGGUGCGCCAGCAGGAAAUCCAGUCUUUGCUGCUGAACUGGAAAGGCAUGGAUCUUACCACUUACGGCGAGCUGGUUCUGGAGGGCACAUUCCGUGUCCAGCGUGCCCGAAGUGAGAGGACAUUUUUCCUGUUUUACAAGGCCCUGCUGAUCACAAAAAAACGAGGAGACCACUUCGUUUACAAAACCCACAUUCCGUGUGCAAGUCUGAUGUUGAUUGAGAGUACAAGAGACUCCCUUUGCUUCACUUUAACACACUAUAAGAACAGCAAGCAGCAACAUAAUGUGCAGGCCAAAACAGUGGAGGAGAAACGUCUCUGGACUCAUCACAUCAAGAAACUUAUCUUAGAAAAUCACCAUGCUAUCAUACCACAGAAAGCCAAAGAAGCAAUUCUAGAGAUGGAUGCAUAUCCUGGACGUUACAAAUACAGUCCGGAAAGAAUAAAGAAAACAAUGUCUACAAUUGACCCUGCGGUUGCGCUGCGGUCGGGGCGCAGACAGUCAGAUCCGAACCACUCUAGAUACAUCCCUGGAAAUGUUAAGGAGGGAAGCGCACACACCGCUGAUAAAGGCCGCAGAAAGUCUGAGCCAUCAAAGCACAUUCUGAAGCAGCUGGGUGAGAAAGUGGGCUUGAAGCAUGCAGGAAGCGAUGGAGCACUACUGGAAUUUGAGGAUAUCCUUCAACCCAGUAAUGACAAUCUGACACGCACCUAUGAACAGCCACAGGCAGAGGGAGAUGAGGAGCAACCUGCCAGCACAGAGCUGAGUAGAGGUUCAGGGGCAGAACUCAGUGCCUCUGAUGAAGAAAAUGAGGAGGAAAUACAGUUGGGAGAUGAUGAGCAGAACAGAGAACAUGUGCCGCAUGAGACAUUUAAAGGAUUUAAAAGACAGAAUAGUCAAUCCUCCUCUGGGAACCCGGAGAAGAGGCGUAGCAUGGAGGUCACUGGAUUUAACGCGGAAGUUUUGGAAGAAAUGGAAAAGGACAAUUCUGAACCUGUUGCUCAUUUGGUUAACUCUUCUGAAAUUCCAUUAGAAGCUCCUCUUGAACCUUCUAAAGAAACUGAGACAGUUGAGGAAGAUAGGGAAACUGAUUCUGAUACCCAUGACCCUCUGGAUAAUGGGGCAACUGAGAAUGCAGAAGAUUCAAAGACGUUUAGUAGUGAGGAAGAUGAAGAAGAAGCAGUAGUGCAUGAGACAACUAGCAUCCUUCCCCCAUCUGUAUUGGAUCAAGCCAGUGUGAUUGCAGAGAGGUUUGUAAACAGCUUCUCUAGAAGGAGCAGCUUGGCUCUGGAGGAUGGUAAAGUCAUUGGUUGUACAACCCCCAAGCUAACUAGCAGGAGCAGCAGUCUAAUAAACCUGAAUUGUACAGAAAAGACCCCUUAUCCUAAUGGGAACUCUGAUUUUCCAGAUUCCCACAUAGAUGUAAAUGGUGAUAUUGAUGAUACAAACACAGAGACUAUGCUCAUGAAGGUUAAUUCCAUGGAGAAUGUGUUUGAGGAAAAAGAGAGAUCUACAUAUAAACGAAGAGAGUCCAUUCUCUCCUCCCAAGACAGGGAACUCAUUGAAAAGAUUAAAACUUAUUAUGACAAGGCAGAGCAUCAAGAUGCAUCUUUUAGUAUCAAGCGUAGAGAAAGUUUGAGUUAUAUUCCUACGGGACUGGUUAGAAACUCUAUCUUUAUGAUCAAUAGUCUCCCAAGACAUGAAAUCAUCCAGGGUAAUCACACUGGGCAAAGAAUGGAAAGCAAUUCCAGUAAUUCAAAGGUUGGAAAUAGCAGGCCAGUCUCAUUUGAGGAUACUUCCACUCUCAUCAAUGAAAGGGACACUAACUGGUUCACACAACAUACAGGUCCAGCACUUAAGAACAGCAUCUCAGAACAACCCGUACCAAUCUCUGAUGAAGAAUUUCAAUCCCCAACAGAAAUGGUUAAAGUGUGGGAAGAAAUUGAAAAGCGGGGUAGCUGGAAUAAGAAAGAUGCUCAUGAAUUAAGAAAAGACCAAAAAGCAACAUUAGAUAUCUAUGAAGACACGACUGAGACUGAUGUUGAAUCUAAUGAACCCCUGAUAAUAGUUGAGGAGAGUGAUCUGAGUACCAUUACAGAAGAAUCCCAAACAUCUACACCAGAGGGCACAAACACUGAACACCUUAUUGAUCCUACCAACCAUACAGACUUCAGUGAUCAGGAUUACAAGACUCCAGUCAGGCUUCAUCCCACAAUUCUGGAGCUUGCAAACUGUAUGGAUGAAGAUCUCACAGAGAAAAUGAAGAAUAAGGUGUAUCAGUUAGCCAGACAGUACAGCCAAAGAAUUAAGUGCAAUAAGCCGGUUCCGCACAGACGUCUGAGAGAGAUAGAGGAGGACAUUAGGAGGGGAAGCUUGCCGUCUGUACAGGAGGAGAAAGCGGAAGAGAAAUGUAAGCUGAAGCCUGCAUUGACCCUUCCUACCUAUGACCACAUUGUACUGCAAGAGCACAGCCCAAAAACUCCCACAUCUGCUUCUUUCAGUGAGAAAUCCCCCAAACGUUUAUCAUUUACCUCAGACAGCCCCCGGACAUCUUCUCCUGUAAGAUCUGACUGCAGAAGCCCCCUGAGUCCAGUGAAGACAGAAAAGUUUCACUGGCCAGAUGUCCGAGAGCUGAGAUCAAGGUAUGCCAGUACCAAAGGGAGCAACAAAUCCCUUCCAGUGAACAGGAGCCACUCUGUCCCUGACAGAAUGAUGGAGCGCGAUGUGGACAAUCCAUCAGACCAAAAUAAAGAGCUGAUGAGCCAUUCCUGCAGCAUGAAUAUGAAACACUUUAACGUUGUGAAUGGUAUAGCCGAUGAAGUAAACACUUUAUGCAAAGUAGCAGCUGAUCGUCCCAACAUAAGUGGAAGACCUACGUCCCGGAAGAACAGCAGGAACUCUGGGCAAACUACAGCUGAUUGUUACUACAUCAGUGCAGAGGCUCCUCUGGAAAACAACAAAAAAGUCAUAGUUAUGGAGAAGCUUCCAACCAAUUCUUCUUAUGAACUGGAAAACGAUGACACCUAUGUCCAUAUAAGAUCACCUACCACACGAGAAAAAAUCUCACUGAAAGCAGUGGUUGAACGUUGCAAGGCGUACCAGGAGUCUGAUGAGUACAAGGCUAGGGAAGAACUUUCAAGGGCCAAUGGUUGUCUAGACUCUACAAUUGAACAGUCAAAACCAGAGGCACGAACUGCAGCAAGCAGCGAUGUGGCCCAAAAAAGCAGAGUCAAAAAUCUGAGAGAGAAAUUCCAGAUCUGAAUCACCGCAAAACACUCGGAGAAUCCAAAGCCUUUUUUCAUCAGAUCGUUUUUUAUAUAAGAGUUCAAAGAAGGCUUUCUUGGGGAAAGACAUGGUUUAAGCCAUGCUUUUCAGUGACCACUAAAAACUGACUUGCAUAGAUGAACUGUUUAAACAUAUUUAUAUUCUGAACGCAGUGUUUUUCCUGUAUAUAAUGCAUUUUAACUGUUCUUGUUAUACUGUGACUGGUGUAUAUUUGGUUUCAAUACAGGACAGUAGAUGGAUUCUUGAAAUAACUUUUUUAUAUUUAUCCCAUUGCUUUCCAAUGAUGGAAACUGGAGCAUUUGACAUAUGUAAAGAUAACUCUGAGUUCUUCAUGAAACCCUCAUACUUCAUUCCCUGUAAUUGCACAAUAUUUAGAGACCUCCACCAGCACACUGCGAGUUUUGUCAGCCUAGUUCAGGACUACCUCCAGUCUUUGAGGGCCGCAUAUAAACAGGGGUUUGAGGCACACAAUAGUUUUGCUUUGCGAGUUCCACUUCACAUAACUCCAUAAUUAUAUGUCAAUUAUAGAAAUCCUAAAACUAUGUGAGACACAUCAGGUCCUUUAAUGAUUGGAGUUGUGCAACCGUGUCUAGAUAAUCAAGGCUUGUGUCACCACCUACACUGACAAGUCUUGAAGAUAAUGUAAACCUAUAUUUCUAUGUUAUUUAUUUGCCAUCUUUAUAUAUUGUCGUCCAUUGGAUAUACCUGCCUGUAAUUAUAUCUCUGUAAUGUGCAUUCAAAUCAGUUUAUAAAG